GCGGGGCGGGGCGGGCCGCGCUCGGCGCCGGGCGGAUUGGUGCUGCUGGCGUGCUCGGGCCGGUGUAGGCCGUAGGGGAGCGCUGAGGCCGAGUGGGACCGCGGCGUGGCGACCGCGCUGAGCGGAGUGCGAGUGCGUUUAACCCCCCCGUCCGCCCGGCGCGUUUUAAGGGCGUUGCGGUGGCGCCGCGCCUUGACUGCGUUCUGUUUGUCCUCGUCAGGAGCUGGCGGGAGGCUCUCACGAAGCGCUUGGAAACGGGAGUUUUCGAAUGGAGCUAGGUGGCGAAACAGAACAGAACCCGAAGACGCCUGUAAUUCCACAGGGCACAGCAUCGCUUCGUAAAGCGAAGAAAACCACUGUAAAAACAUGCCUAGAUAACCCCUUUGUUAUUCAGUGGAAAGCCAUAGAUGGAGAUGGCAUGCGUUUCAUAUUGCAGACCUUAGAAGAAAAGAUUAAACGUAUUGGACUUAAAAAGAUAGAGACUCCAAGAAAGAAAAAACGUUCCGUUACAAAAAACCAAGUGGAAAGCAAGUGUGAUGGUAGCAACAGCGAGCUCCCUGCUGAAGAAGAAACAGAAGGCCAUCAACAAGCGCCAGGAUGGACUGACAUGGGCAUCAGAAGACAGCUUGCUAUUGGAAUUAACGAAGUUACAAAAGCACUGGAGAAAAACGAACUGCUUCUCUUGCUGGUGUGCAAGUCUGCAAAACCUGCCAUGAUCACAUCCCAUCUUAUUCAGCUGAGCGCAAGCCGAGCCACGCCGGCAGGCCAGGUGCCCCGCCUCAGCGAAACGGUAGCACCGCUUCUGGGCUUAACGUCCAUUUUAGCGCUAGGCUUCAAAAGGCGGUCUGAUAAAUUUACUGAUGUAGUAGAAGCAAUAAUUCCAAAGAUACCCGCUUUGGAAGUGCCGUGGUUUCAGUACCAAACUGGAGGAUCUGCAGCAUGUGCAGAGUUGUCAGAAACUGAUGAAGCUGAGCAGCUUGCAGAGACGCCGGCGGAGGAGCUCUCAAGCCAGAAGCGGAAGCGUACAGAAAGCAAUCAGCUCGAUCUUUCACGUGUAAUUUUGCAGCCUUUGAAAAUCAAGAAAGUUGUUCCAAAUCCAAAUAAGAUAAAGAAGCCACCUCGCAGAAAGAAAAAAGCUUUUUCAGCAUAACUGAUUUUAGUUCAGUUCUUCAGAUCACAGUCAUUUUUUUUUUUUUACUGCCUAUGGAGUACAGCUGUAACUGGACUACUUUGUUAAGCUUUAACAGUGUAAAGCAGUUGAACUCAGGGUUAACUCACGUACGACGCAUCCAGCUGAGGUUCUUUCUGCUUUAAUAAAGAAUACGG